AUUGAAUUUCAAUCUCAAUUUCAGUUUCUCUGCUUUACCUUAUUUGUUUCUAUGAGACAGAUUACAGAUCUAAGCUGUCUUACAAUACUAGGACGUAAGCACUAUCAGGAUGGGCUUGGAAGGAUCAGCUCCAAGGAUCAGCCUUUCAAGGGAUCUUCUGAUCCGUGCUCGAGCGAAAAGCUAGGAAGCCUUUCAUUGGCAGCGAACAAUCUUUUGUUCCCUACGAAGGCCUAUGACACCUGUGGGCCCUGGUACGGACUCCAUAAAGGAACAAACAACGCCAAGAAUUCUUAUGCUGUACACCAUCCCUGGUUUGCUGUCGCUUGAUACAUGUCUGAGCGAGACAAGCUUGGGCAGGCUGCGGGAAAAGAUAUUUCGCUGAUGCCUCCAAAGGUCGAGCAAGAAUCGCGUCAGUCAUUUCAGGCACCGGUCAUUGCAAUGUGUAGCGAGUUACAGCAGUCAUCCCGUUUCUGUUUUGUUGUAUCUUGUCAUAAGCCGUUUGAGAGAUGCUCUCGAGUGAUGAUGUCUGGCGUCCGCUAAAGAACAACACUGAUCCACUGCGCCUUGGUAGGCCUCAAUAUCGCAACAGCCAUGAUAUCAGCACACCAUUCAGCCCUAUUUCGUUCCACCCAGCUUGAUGGCAGUAAUAGAGUUCCCAGCGCAUCCUGAGAGAAUAUUUAAAUUCCUUGUAUAGCGAGCGAGCUUACGGAGUGUUCGGCAAAUAUAAAUCAUCCAACUGAGCGGGUCUGAGUGGAGAUUAGUCGACCUACGGCUUCCUCCCUCUCAGACACACAGUCCACGCAGUGAUAUUCCUUUAAAAAAUGCCAACUACAGGGGACAGAAAUACGAUGAUAGGUGCAGGAUUACAUCCAAGCCAGAGAUUAAAUUGGGUAUUCGGGUGGAUUAGUAGUUGCCGUUGAAGAUGGCAGAUAAGAUCAGAUCUGGGGCCACCUUUUCAUUCAACCAACCAUCUAAGUCUGUGGCAGCAGAAAUACCAGCAGCUGGCGAUUCCUUCGCGCUGAGCCAUAAAACAGUUCCUUUUUCUGCUUGGAUCCUGAUACGAACGAGAUGCGCCACUUCAGCCCGUUCGUUGCCUGCAGAAAACACGCCAGCCCUAUCGCCAAGAAAAGACCAGGGCUACCAGCUAUGUUAGCCUAACCUGUUUUAACCUAGAUAUGCACCGGCACGUGUUCCAUCCUCAACCUAGAGAAUUCUCCCCAACGGCCGCCAUCAUCAGGUAGCAGGAUGCCACGGAGGGGAAGUGCUUGAUGCUGUCAUAGCCCAUGGUUCUACUUGUGAAGCAAAACACAAAACCCUCAUUUCUUGCUAAGGCAUGUUGUGCAACGGAUCAUCUUACAUCUCACAUCCCAAAAACAACAGGGAUGCGUCUAGCCUUGGGACCAGCUACUGCAUCUUAUCCUGUAAAAGAGAAUUCCAUUUUCCAACAACACUCCUUCCGCCCGACAGGGAAGCAGAAUAAGGAUAUGCCGGACGAAUUCACCUCCCUACAUUUCUCUGAAGAGUUCGUCAUCGGCUGUGGAACAGUCUCCAUCGACCUCGCGAAGGACCUGGUGCUCCUCCUUUACUGUCGCAAAAGGCGGCAAUACCAUCUCCCCAAGGGCCGCAAAAAUGUCGGCGAAAGUCUCGAAGACGCUGCGAUCCGCGAGACGUUCGAAGAAUCCGGCCACAAAUGCCGUAUCUUACCCCACAACCUUGUGACCCUUGCACCAGAUUACAACGUCUCACACGCCCAUAAAGAGCCACUAGCCGUCCAGCAACGCAGGGGUAGUGGUCCACACCGGAUUAUUUUCUGGUACCUGGCUUCGGCUGAUUCCACGGAGCUGCCAGUCGUGGGCACACAGGAGGCAUGGGAGGAUUUUGAGCUUCACUGGUUGCCUCUUCACGAGGCCGCGGCAAAGCUGGCGCGCGAGGAUGAUCAGCAGGUCGUCCCAAGGGCCGUUCAAGCUGUCCUUGAUCUCAAGAAGAAGAAAGGAAACUUAGAGAAUUGACUGACUUUGCGGCGCCUCAGGCUCCAAAGGACAACGCGUUUCUUAAGAGCUCGAGCGUUGAAUCUUCCGGCUAGCACUCGUUUCUUCUGCUUGUGCACGCGACUUGCCAUUACAAAUCGAUCAAUUACUUCGAAAAAUUACGUCCUUUGCUGCUGGUUACCUUUUUUACAUCUGCUGCACACGAUUUGAAUGCAUCAUCACCGAAGCAGUUGUUCAGCGUCAGCCUUCUAAAGGGAGCCACGUACGUCCAAUUAGACAGCCGUUUUACUUAGAGUUCACGCACACAACAUUAAUCUAUAUUUUCAAUUUUAUAUCAUCCACUUUUGUUUCUCCUGUCGACUUUGCUGCUUAUUUUCGGCUCCUCCGUGGACUGUCCUCUUUCCUCGUCUCCGAUCCCGUUUUGUAGAAUACUCCGGCAGGGCUUCUAAGAAAUAAGCUUGGUCAAACACGUAGGAAAGGAAAACCAGGAACGAAACGGAGAGCAAAGGAGAAGGAACAGAGACAUAUCAUAGGUCGUGACAUGGUAAACAAUAGCCGUACAAGCGGAGUAAAAAUCGUAAACUCUCUACCGAGUGAUUAUUGUCUGAAUUAACAUCCUUGCAAUUUUCAGAGGAUUCAACGUUCCACCGUCCGCAACCAGGCUCGGGAAUAUUGAUAUAAUGCGGGUGAGAUUAUGCCUGG